CAUACAGCCUGUGCUGGUUAGAAUGGACCAGGCUAGCGUUGCAUUAAACUUGUGCUCUUUGUCUUCUUUCUUGCAGUGCUAGAAGUGUCGUGUGUUGUGGCGGGAAGAAUGGAGGUGUUCCGGGAGCUCCAGAAGGCAUCAGCACGUUGGGAGUGCGACCACUGCAAUUUCAGAGGCACCGACUAUGAGAACGUACAGAUCCACAUGGGCACCGUCCACCCGGAGUUCUGUGAUGAGAUGGACGCUGGUGGAUUAGGUAAAAUGAUCUUCUACCAGAAGAGCGCCAAGCUGUUCCACUGCCACAAAUGCUUCUUCACUAGCAAGAUGUACUCCAACGUGUACCAUCACAUCACGUCCAAACAUGCAGCCCCAGAGCGCUGGGGUGACAAACCCAAACACGAGCUGCAUGCAGACAUAGACCCUGUGAAAAGCCCACGUUUGUCUGAGCACCAGAAGACGUCCUCUCAUUCUGCAGAGCUGAAGCCGACACCUUCCCUCUCCCUCGAACCACCGACACUGGGUCCAAACUUGUCGCCAGAGUCACCAAAGUCUCCCCUGGAGCCUCCAAAGCCUGGGCCUGGCGUUUCUUCUGACUCACAGACGCCUCUGCCCUCCCCUGUGUCUUCUCCUGAAUUGCCAAGGCCUGGCCCUGCGCCCUCCCCAGAGCCGCAGAGGCUUGGCCCAGUCUCCCCAGAGCUCGUCAAAUCUCCUCUCGUUAAUCCCAAAGCCCAGAAGCACUCUCACUUCCCAGAAAUGUUGGGGCCACCGCCAGCCUUAUCACCCGGGUCUCCUGUUCUGACUGCCUCCCCUGAGCCUUGGGGCCCUUCCCCAACUGCCUCGCCUGAGUCUCGAAAGCCAGCCCAGGCUGCUUCUCCCGAGCCCAGGAAGCCAUCCCCAUCAGAGUCUCCAGAACCUUGGAAGCCGUUCCCUGCUGUCUCCCCAGAGCCCAGGAGGCCAGCCCCAGCAGUGUCACCAGGCUCCUGGAAGCCAGGGCCUCCUGGGUCCCCUAGGCCUUGGAAGUCCAGCCCCUCUGCCACAUCUGGGCCUUGGAAGCCAGCAAAGCCUGCACCAUCUGUGUCUCCUGGACCUUGGAGACCAAUCCCUUCUGUCUCACCUGGACCCUGGAAACCAACUCCAUCUGCAACCCCGGCCACUUGGAAAUCCUCUGGGUCCUGGAAAACGCCCCCCACGUCUCCUGAGUCAUGGAAGUCUGGCCCACCAGAGCUCCGAAAGACGGCCCCUACCCUGUCACCCGAACCCUGGAAGGCAGUUCCCGCAGUGUCUCCUGAGCUUUGCAAAGCAGGCCCACCGCCGUCUCCCGAGAUCCGCAGUCCAGCAGCAUCGCCGGAGCUCAGGAAACGGUCAGGGUCUCCAGAUCUAUGGAAGCUUUCUCCUGAGCAGCGGAAAACUUCUCCUGGUUCACUGGAUUUUCCUGAGUCCCAGAAGAGUUCCCGUGGUGGUUCUCCUGAUGUGUGGAAGUCUUCCUUCUUUAUUGAACCUCAGAAACCCGUCUUCCCUGAUACCAGAAAGCCUGGUCCUCCUGGACCGUCUGAGUCCCCUAAAACAGCCUCGGAUAUCUGGAAGCCCAUCCUGUCCAUCGAUACUGAGCCCAGGAAGCCGCCUCUGUUUGCCGAGUCCACCAAGACGACGCCUCCGGCUUCUCCUGAGCUGCGGAAACGGGCGCUUUUCCCAGAGCCCUGGAAGCAUAGUCUGUUUCCUGAACUUCCCCGCUCAGCCCUGUUCUCAGAGUCUCAGAAGGCAGCUGAGCUGAGUGGUGAGCUGCAGGUAGAUGCCAUCAGUGAGCAAGAAGAACUUCUAGCUACUCCUAAGAAGCUCUUGGAAGAUACUUUAUUCCCAUCUUCCAAGAAGCUCAAGAAAGACAACCAGGACAGCUCGGAUGCCGAGCUCAGUAGUAGUGAGUACAUAAAGACAGAUCUGGAUGCACUGGACAUCAAGGGGCAAGAGUCGAGCAGUGACCAGGAACAGGUGGAUGUGGAAUCUGUGGAUUUUAGCAAAGACAACAAAAUGGACCUGACUAGUCCAGAACAGUCCAAAAAUGUACCACAAUUUACUGAAGAAAAAGAGGCUUUUAUCUCUGAAGAAGAGAUUGCAAAAUACAUGAAACGUGGAAAAGGAAAGUAUUACUGCAAAAUUUGCUGCUGCCGUGCUAUGAAGAAAGGUGCUGUUUUGCACCAUUUGGUUAAUAAACACAAUGUCCACAGCCCUUACAAAUGCACAAUUUGUGGAAAGGCUUUUCUUUUAGAAUCUCUCCUUAAAAAUCAUGUGGCAGCCCAUGGGCAAAGUUUACUUAAAUGUCCACGUUGUAAUUUUGAAUCAAAUUUCCCAAGAGGCUUCAAGAAACAUCUGACUCACUGCCAAAGCCGGCAUAAUGAAGAAGCCAAUAAGAAGCUCAUGGAAGCUCUGGAGCCGCCCGUGGAAGAACAACAGAUCUGACUCCCAUGGGAACGUUUGCUCUACAGAGCUGCUGUCAGAACUGUUCUUCAAAAUUGUAGCUUGUUGAAUAGUUAGGUGGAUUGGUAGUUGUACAAGUGUAUGGUGUGCCGUAUUUAAGGGUUCAAGUAGUGUUACAAAGAGUAAACAUUUGAUCGUUUUUAUAUGCAUAUACAUACAUCUAUACAUAUAUAUAUAGUCUGGUUGUGUGGCUAUCUUUUAGAUCGGCACAUUUCUACUAUGUCUCAUAUGGAUAAAACUCAUUUCUGAAGUAUAUUUGAAUAACAGGUUGGGUAGGCAUUCCAUUUAGUAACCAAGAGCAAGCAGUGCUCCAACCCUCUAGUUUAAUUAGUGUAUCAUUGUGUGUCUGUGGAAGUGAUUUCAGAAAGCAAUUAUCUGUUGGGAUGUUUAAGAAUCAGGCAUGAAACGAAUUUGAGAAAAAUGUUGUUCCCAUACAUGUAUUUUCAAAACCGCAAAAGCUAUUUUCUAUUUGUUCGCGUAAAUUAGUUUAUAAAUCGUGAACAGUUGUAGGUGUUUAUUAGCUUUUAUGUCAUGGAAAGGUGGAGUCUCAGGGUUGCUGAAUUUUUGCUAACAGGAAACACUGAGAAAGUAAGAGUCCUUUGCAGCCUUCUGCAGGAGACUAAGAGAUACAAGCAUGACGGGGUGGUCUGUUUUGUUUUUGGAUGUUUCCAGUGGAAUCUUCCAUCGUAGUUCCUUGUCUUAAGAUGUGGCGCUUCACUUUUCCCUGCCAGCUUACACUGACAGGGUCCUUACUUGCCAAGUGGGUUAGAGCUUGUACCUCCCACCCUAGGCCUCAUGCAUCACCAUUCAUGGCUCACGACCGGUUAUGACUGGCUGAAAGUCUUCCAGAUUUACAAUAAAAAAUUUUAGAAAUUUC